AUGUGGAUCUCAUUGUUAUCAACUGUUUUCACUGUAUUGCUAUCAACUUCUGCCAAACAAUGUCUAUCGCGAUCAUCUAUUGAACAGUCUCUUCUCGAUGCUAACGUUCCUGGAGCAGCGGUCAUUGUCGUGAAUCACACUGAUAUUCUCUAUCAAGAAGCAUUUGGUCAUCGAUCUCUUUCACCAGUGCGCAUGAUGGAUGUAGAUGGUUCAAUUUUUGUUCUUGCGUCCAUAUCAAAACCGUUCGUCGCCGUUGCUGUCAUGCAACUAGUUGAAGAAAACAAACUUGAUCUUGAUGCUGAUAUCAAUCAAUAUCUAUCAUCAUCAUCACCAUUAAAUCGUCGUAUCUUUCAUCCACAAUAUCCUUCUCAUUCUAUCACUCUUCGCCAACUACUUUCUCAUUCGGCAUCGAUCGAUAUUAAUAAAGAAGUGUAUGACAAUUUCAUGCAAAUUGGUGAUACUGCAUUGACAAAACUAUCACUGGCCGAUGCUUGUUACAUCUAUCUCGAUAACUCAUCAAACUGGCUGCCAACACCACCGAAUACCGUGUCACUCUAUUCGAAUGUCGGUAACGCUCUGGCUGGAUUAGUGGUCGAACGAGUAUCACAAAUGCCGUUUGAACGUUAUGUCCGCGAGAAUAUAUUGAAACCAUUGAAUAUUGAUACGAAAAAAGCUGGAUAUCGUCUGUCAGAUAUAGAUAAUCACGACGAAUUAGUGAAACACCAUGUAUUCAAUGCUUCAUUACUCGAUCAAUGGAAUCAAGAACUGCCACAACUGAACAUUAAACAGAGCAAUCUAUCCAAUUGGCUUGAUAUUCCAUUUUAUAGUGUAAGUAUUUACCCAGCAGGUCUCUUAAGAAUGUCAGCAAAAUCUCUAUCUUUAUUUCUUCGAAUGCUCAUGAGAAAUGGAUAUCCACUAUUACAUUCUCAUUUGAUUGCUGAAAUGCAGCAAACAGUUGAUGGUGUUGUUCCAUACCAAAAGUGGCGUGAUGGUCAUCGAUUUCUUGGUCAUCGUGGAGGAAUGCCGGCUGCAACACAUUCAAUGUUUAUUAAUGAACAGGGUGAUAUUGGUGUGAUUGUUCUUACCAAUGCUGACCUCUAUGCCAAUAAUGAGGAUUCAGUUAAGACUAAGCAAGCAUUGGACAAGAUUCGAAUGUCAUUGUUCAGUUGUUUUGAAAACUGA